AUGGCUCUUAGUCUGACCAACACGUUCCUCCAAAUCAAACCAAUCUCUGCUCCUCUCUUACCCAUAAAAAAGGGGAAGGUGAGUGCGGCGGGUAAUUAUGGGAUGCAAGUGACGUGCAGGAAGAAAGAUAUACACCCAGAAUUCUACGAAGACGCCAAGGUGUAUUGCAAUGGAGAGCUAGUGAUGACAACUGGUGGGACCAAGCAGGAGUACGUGGUGGAUGUGUGGUCAGGCAACCACCCGUUUUACCUCGGGAACCGGUCUGGUGUUCUUGUAGAUGCUGACCAGGUGGAGAAGUUCCGUAAGAGAUUCGGAGGGCUCUCGCAGAUUAUGGAAAUUCCUGUACUUAAAGGUGAGGUAAUUUUGCCUUCCAGGAAAAGAUCUGGUGCUGGUAAAGGGGGCAAGAAGAAGUAG